UUUAAACUUCCAUCUACCAUUUGGACAGUGCUUUUUUAGAUUUCAUAGAAAAUAAAUCAAAUCAUUGGCAAUGUACGCGGCCCCUUCAAACUAAACCAAAUUUUAAGUGUUAGCAAACGCAAAAUGGCGAAUUCGAGAUCGUUGAAAUCGAGCGACUGGCCCGGCAUACUGGACUCUAGGCACGCACUGAGGAAGUACUUGGCUCCGCCACCCAAAGUGGCUGGAGCGCAGGGGAGACUGCCCACCUACACUCCUCCAAACUACGUGGGAGCAGAGCCCAUGCAGCGACCCAGGAUGAACUCCGCCUGGCAGUUGGCCAGCGAUCCCUCUGAUCUGUCGGAGCUCCGUCCUCCCAAGCGGAUCAAGGGAUUGAAGGAGCGGGAAAGGAAGAGGAUAGAACGCAAGGUUUGGGCUAGACCAGCAAGGAUAGAUGUAACGAAGAGAGCUGCCAAAUUGGGAGCGAGAAACAUGGAGAAGUCCCAGAAACUGGAGCAAGUGGAGACGUCUCUGAAGCCGAGAUCACCAGCUAUAACGGCGCGGAAGAAGGUCAAGUCGCCAUCUCCACUGCGUCGGAAGCAGACAGGCCAAGUGCUCUCCCACUCCGGCAUCCCGCGGCGCAAGGUAAUCCUAAUCGUGGACGCCAAGAGGCCCCCAGGAGUGGCACACCUGGCUGGUGGAGCGGAAAAGCUUCUGAAAAACCCUUCACCUGGGCGGGAAAGAGACGCCUACCGUCCGAGACUCAAGAUGAGUGGCCGGUCCAAGAAGACCUACUCUGUGCCCCUGUGCAGCCGGCCCACCGAGAUCAUAGGCAAGGGCCUACCCUACUCCCGCCAGAUGCAGAUGCGCCAGGAGAAGCUCUGUCAGCAGCCGGAGUACUACGACCAGUACAUCCGCAUGCUGUACCAGCAGCAGCGCCACCAGCAGAUGUGCCAGCAGGAGCAGCUGCAGCAGGACUUCGCCCGCCAGAGGUCCCAGAUGGCCCUGCACCCCUACUCAAUCCUGCCGGACGCCGUGUCCGAGGAUCAGGAGCAGCGAAACGUGUACUCCGUGCCCUCCAAGUCGCCGCUCAAGAGAUUGAGGGGCGGCAAGCGGCUGUGCGGAAACUUUUACUACGACUAGAGCGGUGAUCAAUAACAACAAGUUCCAGAGCUAUGAUAUUGAGGAAAGAACGGGACAGUUUUUCUAACAUCCCUAUCCAAAUCCUCGCUUUAUAUCCACCAAAAUUGUCAACAGCUACCAAUAUUCAGUCGGAUUGUCUGGUAAUAAUCUUACGAUUGGGUGCCGUUUAUAUUAGUAGAGAUAUUCACCUGUUUAGCACCUGCCAUGUUCCCUCCCACUUUCCAUGGACGUUUGCCCUUCAGUGACCUGAGAACUUUCCGGUAUUUAAUAUACUCGAAAGUACUUGGGGUGGAAUGGUGGAGGCCAUUGGGCUGGGUGUUUCGUUGGUGAGAUGUGGUAGGUGUGGGAGAUGGUGGCCCCUGCACGCAGAUACAAUUAAAAUCGAAACGAGCCAACAAUGCAAACUGGCGAACAAACAGGCAAACAGCGAAACACAGCAAUGGAAACGAGCAAAUAAUGAAGUGGAUAAAGUUUGCUGAAACACUGAGCUUUCGCAUCGAGCCCCAAAUACGAAAUUGAACCAGACCGAAAAGGUCAGGAGCAGGAGCAGGAGCAGGAGCAGGAGCAGGAGCAGGAGUGGAAUCCGGUGGAGUUGGAAUAGGAAUAGCGAUGCGGAGGGAAACCUAUUUGUGUGUAAUUCAAGGUAUCAGGGCAUCGAAAGAGGGUGAAAGCGCGGCAAAACAACAUGAGAAAACUUUUGUAAUUACAAUAAAAUUUUCACAAAUAA